GUUCCCCUCGCAGCUGCAGCCUGGCCGUUGGUUGGUUAAUCAGAUAUCCCUCUCCCUCUCUCUCUCUCUCUCUCUCUCUGAGAAGAGAAAUGGCUCUCUCUCCUUCUUCUGUUGGUCUUCGUGUCAUCGUUUUCCUCUCUCUUCUCUGCAAUGCCUUCCCCUACGCUCCUCACAGCCAUCGGCACCGUAUUGCCAACCACAACUACAGAGACGCUCUCACCAAGUCCAUCCUCUUCUUCGAAGGCCAGAGGUCCGGCAAGCUCCCCUCCCACCAGAGGAUGACUUGGAGGAGAGACUCUGGUCUCUCUGACGGCUCUGCCCUUCACGUGGACUUGGUGGGAGGAUACUAUGAUGCAGGGGACAAUGUGAAGUUUGGGUUCCCAAUGGCAUUCACGACCACAAUGCUAUCAUGGAGUGUGAUUGAGUUCGGUGGCCUCAUGAAAUCUGAGUUGCAAAACGCCAAAGAAGCUAUCCGUUGGGCCACUGAUUAUCUCCUCAAAGCCACUUCCCACCCUGACACCAUUUAUGUUCAGGUUGGUGAUGCGAACAAGGACCAUGCCUGUUGGGAGAGACCAGAAGACAUGGACACGCCGAGAAGUGUGUUCAAAGUGGACAAGAACACUCCUGGCUCUGACGUCGCCGGCGAAACAGCCGCCGCUCUCGCCGCCGCGUCCAUCGUUUUCAGGAAAUGCGACCCUUCUUACUCCAAGACCCUCCUCCGGCGAGCCAUUAGGGUUUUCGCCUUCGCCGACAAGUACAGAGGCCCGUACAGCGGCGGUUUGAAAAUGGCCGUUUGCCCAUUCUACUGUUCUUACUCUGGGUAUCAGGAUGAAUUGUUGUGGGGAGCUGCUUGGUUGCACAAGGCGACAAAGAAGCCGACAUAUCUGAACUACAUCCAAGUUAACGGACAGAUCCUUGGAGCUGCUCAGUUCGACAACACCUUUGGUUGGGAUAACAAGCAUGUCGGAGCCAGGAUUCUUCUCUCCAAGGCGUUCCUGGUUCAGAAGGUCAAAUCACUGCAUGAGUACAAAGGGCAUGCUGAUAAUUUCAUUUGCUCUGUCAUCCCUGGCGCUCCUUUCUCUUCUUCCCAGUUCACCCCAGGUGGGCUCUUAUUCAAGAUGGGGGAUAGCAACAUGCAGUAUGUAACGUCGACGUCGUUCUUGCUGUUGACCUAUGCCAAGUAUUUGACCUCCGCUCGCACCGUCGUCAAUUGCGGCGGCUCCGUCAUCACCGCCGGCCAUCUCCGCUCCAUCGCCAAGAAGCAGGUGGAUUAUCUAUUGGGGGAAAAUCCAUUGAGGAUGUCGUACAUGGUGGGGUACGGUCCGAAAUACCCAAGGAGGAUCCACCACCGUGGCUCGUCAGCCGGCGGGGGCGGCCCCCUGCCGUCGGUGGCGACCCACCCGGGGAAGAUCCAAUGCCACGAAGGCUUCGCCUUCAUGAACUCGCAGUCUCCCAACUUCAACGUCCUGGUCGGCGCCGUCAUCGGAGGUCCAGACCUCCACGACCGGUUCCCGGACGACCGAGCCGACUACGAGCAGUCGGAGCCAGCCACGUACAUCAACGCCCCUCUCGUCGGUGCCCUCUCUUAUUUCGCCCACUCCUUCGGACAGCUCUAAACCAUUACAACAACAAUGGCGCAACAGUUGAAGCGAAUGUUAUUUGGUCCUAAGUGGACAGUCGCAUUAUUUAGGUGUUUAUGUUUGUAUUUCCUACUUUGUUCGGUAUUAUGAUGUCAAGUGUAUCAUUAUUUUCCUACUUUUUUCUACCAAUUAUGUGUGGGCGAGCAAUAUUUCUAUAUAUAAUAUUUUUAUUUAUUUUGUUA